AUGAGCAACGUGACCGGAGUAUACCUCCCGUCGUUGAUACUCAUCUUCGGUGUCGCAAUCGCAAAGCAAGAAUGGGUCCCUUACGCCGCCGCGGUGGCUGCUGUUGCCGGCGGCCUCAAGAUCUACCUUUCCUCCUCUAAGAAAGUCCUGAUUCCGGACCAAUUCCAAGAAUUCCCUCUUGUCAAGAAGAUCGAAACAUCGCAUAAUGUUGCCAUUUACCGCUUCGCCCUCCCUACCGAAACAUCCAUCCUCGGCCUGCCCAUCGGCCAGCAUAUCUCACUCGCCGCAACCCCUAAAGGCGCAGAGAAAGAAGUUGUUCGCUCUUAUACCCCAAUAUCCUCCGAUGAAGAUAAAGGCUUUGUCGAGUUCAUGAUCAAGGCCUACCCUCAGGGCAACAUCUCUGCACACAUGACGACUCUUAAGCUGGGCGACACCAUGAAGAUGCGGGGGCCCAAGGGUGCCAUGGUCUACACCCCCAACAUGUGUAAACGUAUUGGCAUGAUUGCUGGCGGCACUGGCAUUACGCCCAUGCUGCAAGUUAUUCGUGCCAUCAACCGCGGUCGGCCCCUUGAUACCACAAAGGUGGACCUCAUUUUUGCGAAUGUCAACCCAGACGAUAUCCUGCUGAAAGAAGACCUCGACAAGCUUGCUGCGGAAGACCCCAAUUUCAACGUCUACUAUGUCCUGAACAACCCACCCGAGAAGUGGGAUGGCGGUGUUGGGUUUGUGACGGCUGAUAUGAUCAAAGAGAAGCUUCCGCCUCCAGGUCCCGACAUGAAGAUUUGCAUCUGCGGUCCUCCUCCGAUGGUGAGCGCGCUAAAGAAGGCAACCGAAAGCCUAGGCUAUCAGAAGGCACGACCCGUGAGCAAGCUUGAGGAUCAAGUUUUCUGCUUCUAA